AAUGGACGUGACUGGCACACCCUUUAGCAUGCAGACAAUUCUAAAAGAUGAUGUUUCAAUAUUUACAAAAGCAAGUACUGCCAUCCACCAAUUUCUCCCAUUCUUAUCUUCUACCGCACCCACUAGAAACCAAAUUCCAGAAUACAGAAAACACUUCACUGGAAAGGAGCUAGCUUUAGAGAGAAGAACGAUGAAGAUCGAGCUGGUGUUCAUCCCCAUGCCCGGCGUCGGCCAUAUGGUCUCAAUCGUCGAGAUUGCCAAACUCCUCUUGAACCGCGAUGAGCGACUUUCCAUCACUCUUAUCAUCAUGAAACCACAAUUCAAUGACUCAUCCAUUGACUUUUACAUCCAGUCAUUGAAUUCCUCCACCGUGACUGAUCGCAUCAGCUUCAUCUACCUCCCAGUUCUUGACCUCUCCAGUUCUGAAAACAAAACCGAAAGAAGAUCUCUCUUUUCUUACAUCGAAGCGCACAAACCAUCUGUCAAAGAAGCCGUCAGUAAUCUCGCUCUCUCCGGCUCGCAUCGUUUAGCCGGGUUCGUCAUCGACAUGUUCUGCACAUCCAUGAUUGACGUGGCAGACGAAUUCGGCGUGCCCAGCUACUUGUUUUACACGUCCAGCGCUUCUUAUCUCGCACUCGAGCUUCAUCUCCAAUCUCUCUACCAUGACCAUGGCGUGGACGUUACCGAGUUCAGAGACUCGGAUGCUGAGUUUCUAAUCCCGGGUUUUGUGAACCCCCUUCCUGCUAAGGCUGUCUUGCCCGGUGUCAUGUUAGACAAAUUUUAUCUCAAUCUUGUCAUGAAUAACGUUCGAAGGUACAAAAGAACCAAGGGGAUUAUCGUCAACUCGUUUAUGGAGUUAGAAUCUAAUGUGUUAAACUUAUUUUUUGAUAGCAAAUUCCCUUCUCUAUACCCAGUUGGACCCAUUCUCAAUCUCAAGGGAAACAGUCGUGAUUCGAAGAAGACUGAAACUGAGAAAUUUGAUGAUAUUAUAGCUUGGCUCGAUGAUCAACCUCCGACGUCAGUUGUGUUCCUGUGCUUCGGGAGUAUGGGAAGCUUUAGUGAGAAUCAAGUGAAAGAGAUAGCAGACGCGCUAGAAAAGAGUGGGCACCGGUUUCUAUGGUCCCUUCGUCAACAUCCGGGAAAGAGUAAGAUGUCGGUCCCCGGCGAGUACGAGAAUCCGGCGGAAGUUUUGCCGGAGGGAUUUUUAAAUCGGACGGCUAAGAUGGGGAAGAUCAUAGGAUGGGCGCCACAAGUGGACGUGCUGGGCCACCCAUCAAUCGGAGGGUUCGUGUCUCAUUGUGGAUGGAAUUCGACGCUGGAGAGCUUAUGGUUUGGAGUGCCCAUGGCGGCGUGGCCACUCUAUGCAGAGCAGCAAUUUAAUGCGUUUAUGGUGGUGGUUGAGUUGGGAGUGGCGACGGAGAUUAAGAUGGAUUACAGGAGAGAUUUUUUGGUGGGGGAAGAAGAGGAGAUCGUGAGUGCUGCAGUGAUAGAGAAAGGGAUUCGGUGUUUGAUGGAGCAGGAUAAUGAGAUGAGGAAGAAGGUGAUGUUACUGAGUGAAACGAGCAGGAAGGCUUUGAUGGACGGUGGAUCUUCCCACGCUGCAUUGGCCCAGUUUAUUCAAGACGUGAAGGACAACAUGCCGUCACGUGACAUGUAAUAUUUAAUUUAUUUUGAUUUUUAUAAUAUAAUAUUUAAAUAAUUAUAAAAGUUAAAAAAAAAAGAAAUUAAUUUUUGAAAGGAGAAAUUAAAAAUUCCAUGAUUUUUUUAUGUAACAAAAAUAAUUUUAGGACUAAAAUCAAAUUUGAAAUAAGUUCAAAGAGUGGAAUGAUAAGAAGGUAUGUAGGAGAUUUUGUAGAUAUAUAUCUUUAAAGUUGGCAUUUUGGUGUCAAAUAUUUAAAUAUAUACAUUUGUAGACAUAUAGCUCUAAUAAGUUCGAGGCAAAA